AUGCAGACCGGUAAGAUUGGUCUCCCCGCUUACCUCGCUACCCUCCCGCAGUGGAGGGAACAGGCCCUAGAAGAUAACCCACUACACAAUCCAUCCCGUUGCACAUGUGACCAAGGCACCAUGAACACGCACCAUAUCCUCUUCUCCUGCCCCCGUUUCACUGAACUCCGUCACCGAAUUCUUGGUCUUGACCGAGGAGGUGGGAGCGGAGGCGGCCACGACCCGUGGAAAGAAUGGCUCUCAAAGCCAUCGUUAGCAGUCAAAGCAGUCAACUUUAUGAUGCAAACUAAGCUCCUCGGCCAAUUCAGGAGCCUACCGACCACCUACCGAGUCACCGACAAAGUAGACUCGUGA